GCGGACGUCGCAAGCCCAGCGGAGCAGGCAGCGAUUCGAAAGGUUUUGCAGUACUCCCAGAACCAUAAUAGAAAUGCGGUUGGUAAUAACAGAUUUUCUUUAUUCCUAAAAGCUUAUUCCGAAUUCAGAGCACACAAAGCUCUAUACAUGAUGAUCCCUCGUAUAAUGUAA